AGCACAUUUACUGCACAUUCUUUAAAGUAGUCUGAAUGAAAUGACUUGUCUGGCUGCACUGUAAACCUUUGUGUUUCGUCAAAUCUUCUACAACACUUGAAAGUUUAUCAUCUUAAGGUCUGGUUAGCGUUCCUCAGUACAACUAAUCUCUCUCCAUCACCAUGAAUUCAUCUCCUCAUACGUCACCCAUAACCACAUUGGAAAAGCUGGCAUCUGAGCUCGGCUGCAGCAUAGUUGAUGAGAAACUGGCUAUUCACUUGGACAAUGAAGAUGAAUUAAAGCAUCUGAAACAAUGUUUUCACAUUCCAGCGAAAAAGGAUUUGCCAGCAACGGAGAAAUCUCUGAUUAACGAAGAAGACGCUUGCAUCUACUUCUGUGGCCAGUCCCUUGGGCUUCAACCAAAGAAGGUGAAAGAGUAUAUUGAUGAAGAAUUGGACAAAUGGGCAAAAAUGGGCGUUCAUGGCCACUUCAUCGGCAAUCGUCCAUGGGCACUGAGUGAUGAAUGCAUUGUGGAUCUUAUGGCAAAUCUUGUUGGUGCCAAAACCGGAGAGGUGGCGUUAAUGAAUGGACUGACGGUUAAUUUGCAUCUUCAGAUGCUAUCCUUUUACAAGCCUACAAAAGCUCGCCAUAAGAUCCUGCUUGAAGCCAAAGCUUUUCCCUCCGACCAUUACGCAGUGGAGUCGCAGAUUCAGCUUCAUGGACUCGAUGUGGAAUCCAGCAUGCUAUUAGUGCAUCCCCGCAAGGGAGAAGAAACACUGCGGACGGAGGAUAUCCUGUCGGUUAUUGAAAGGGAAGGAGAUACGAUUGCCCUCAUUUUAUUCUCCGGAGUUCAGUAUUAUACAGGACAGCUCUUUGACAUCCCCAAAAUAACAGAAGCCGGCCACAGAAAGGGAUGUUAUGUCGGCUUUGAUUUGGCCCAUGCCGUUGGCAACGUUGAGCUGCACUUACAUGACUGGGAUGUGGACUUUGCCUGCUGGUGUUCCUAUAAGUAUCUAAAUUCUGGAGCUGGUGGACUGGCUGGAGCUUUCAUCCAUGAGAAACUUUCCGGUACUAUCAAACCAUCGUUGGUUGGCUGGUGGGGUCACGAGUUCAAAUCCAGAUUCGGCAUGGAUAACAAACUGGAAUUAAGCAAAGGAAUUAAUGGAUUUCGUAUAUCUAACCCUCCUAUUCUACUGGUCUGUUCCCUGCAUGCAAGUUUAGAGGUUUUCAAUCAAACCAGCAUGAAGACCUUAAGAAAGAAGUCUGUUUUACUGACGGGCUAUCUGGAGUAUUUAAUUAAACAUUAUUACAGUGAAAACAUUGCUGAACCCGAGAAACCUUAUGCAAAAAUAAUCACGCCUUCUCGCAUUGAGGAGCGGGGUUGUCAGCUCUCCCUGACUUUUUCGUUGCCCAUAAAAGCUGUUUACGAGGAGCUGGAAAAAAGAGGAGUCGCGUGUGAUAUGCGGGAGCCCAAUCGUUUACGGGUGGCACCAGUUCCACUCUACAACUCUUUUCAUGAUGUCUUCAAAUUUGUUCAAAUUUUGGGAGAAUCUUUGGAUGCUGGUCAGAAAAAAAUCUGAACUUCAGGAAACAGACAAAGAAAAUUUCCAUUGAAGUUACAUAGAUUCUCGUCCAGUCUCUAUAAAUGUCUAGGUCAUCGUUGUACUUGUAUCCAAAGCCAACAUAUUUUUCUGUUUUGGAUAGAAUGGGGAAUAGACAAAACCCCUGUCUGUUUAUUUUGUGCUAUCUCUGUCUUAUUGGUGAGGUUUCAGAGACACAGCAGGAAAUGAAAAGAAAAUCUCUCAAAAGUGAAAGGAAAAAGUGUCCCCAGUAAAAGAUUUCCCUUAUUUUCCUGGAACAAAUGUAAAAGUUGGAAUUUUUACGUCACUUGUGUCCAGAGGCAAUAGUCACCAGUACACCGGGACGGGACGAGAGGGUGAAUCUCCCAAGCACAGGCACAGACACACUUCACCCUCACAGCAGUGUUGUUAUUAUUAUACAAUAAAAAAUAAGUGUAUAUAUAUAUAUAUA